AUGAUUGUCAAAACUAUCAUCCUUGCGUUGGCAGCCGCCCUUGCCCCGUCAUCAUGGGCGUCUCCCCUCGAGACCGAUGGAACACGCGGUGCCGUGGCCAGCGAGAGUUCCGAGUGCACCAAGAUUGGCAUCGACCUGCUUGCUCAGAACGGAUCAGCGGCCGAUGCACUUGUGGGAACCGUCCUCUGCGUAGGGGUGGUCGCAAUGUAUCACACAGGAAUCGGUGGGGGUGGGUUCAGCAUUGUCCGCAGCCCCAAGGGUUACUACGAGUUCGUCAACUUCCGGGAGACGGCGCCCGCGGCCGCGGUGCAAAACAUGUACGACCAUAACGCAAACUUGUCUGUUUGGGGAGGACUUUCGCCCGCCAUACCCGGCGAACUGCGGGGGCUGGAGUAUCUGCACAAGCGUUGGGGCAAACUGAACUGGACAGACGUAGUCAUGCCAUCCGCCAACCUCGCCAGGGACGGAUUCCGGGUGUCGGAAGACCUGGUCCAGAGAAUGGACUCUGUUGAGAACAACAGCUUCCUUGUAGACGAUCCAUCGUGGGCCAAAGACUUCGCCCCCAACGGGCAACGCGUCAAGCUGAACGACACCAUGACGCGGAAGCGGUAUGCAGAUACGCUCGAAAAAAUCGCCGUCCAAGGCCCCGGUGCGUUCUACAACGGCACGAUUGCGAACACAACCAUCGCAGCGAUCCAGCAAGACGGGGGGAUCAUGACUUUGCGAGAUCUGGAAAACUACACCGCCAUCACACAGGAACCUCUAUCGACGACGUAUAGAGGGUAUCGUCUGACGACCGGCCGGGCGCCCUCCAGCGGUGCUGUCGGCCUGAGCGUGCUCAAGAUCCUCGAGGGGUACGAUGACAUCGGAGACCCGGAGCAAGUCAACCUCACCACCCACCGACUGGACGAAGCCUUCCGGUUCGCCUACGCACAGAGAACCGCCAUCGGCGACCCCUCCUUCGUCAUCGGCAUGGACGGCUAUCAGGACCGGAUGCUGACCGACGCCGUGACCGGCGAGAUCCGCAGCAAGAUCCUCGACCAACCACAAGACAUACAGUACUACGACCCAGCCCUAAUCGCCAGCCUCGAAACGCCAGGCACAUCGCACUUCGUCGCCGCCGACAGCUCCGGGCUCGUCCUAUCCACCACCUCGACCAUCAACCAGAUAUUCGGCUCGCGACUGAUGGUCCCAGAAACGGGCAUCAUCCUCAACGACCAGAUGAACGACUUCUCCAUCCCAAACACGACCAACGCCUUCGGUUACCGCCCCAACGUCGCCAACUUCAUCCUGCCGGGCAAGCGGCCGCUCUCGUCCACGACGCCCAUCAUCAUCGAGUACCCCGACGGCGGCGGCGUCUUCGGCGCCGUCGGCGCCGCCGGCGGGUCGCGCAUCAUCACCGCGACGGUGCAGAACGUCAUACUGAUGCUGGACCACGGCUUGGAGCCGCGCGAGGCCCUGGCGCGGCCGCGCAUGCACGACCAGCUGCAGCCGAAUAAGACGAGGUUUGAGUGGGCGUACGACAAUAGGACUGUGGCUUUCAUGAAGGAGAGGGGCUACGAUGUCGAGUGGAUGGCGCCGAAUCAGAGCUGGGUGCAGGCGUUUAAGUUGUUGAAGAACGGGACUUAUUUGGCGGCGGGCGAGCCGAGGCAGAAGAAUUCGGCUGGGUUGGUUCUGUAG